AUGGACAAGGGAAAAGCAAUUAUGGGUUCUGGUCGCAGAUGGGCUGUGGAUUUCGGUGAUAAUUCCCUAGCCCCUUCCUCGCGCGACAUUCCCGAUCCUCCAGGCUUCUCCCGUGCAUCUCAGGAGCAGGAUGAUUCUACUGUUAGCAAGCAAAAGAAGGAUGCAGAAGCUAAUUGGAAGGCCCAGAAAGCUUGGGAAGUGGCACAAGCACCUUUCAAGAAUUUGCUAAUGAUGGGCUUCAUGAUGUGGAUGGCUGGGAAUACUGUGCACCUUUUCAGCAUUGGUAUUACGUUCUCGGCACUUUGGCAACCAUUAAGUGCUCUCCAAGGGGUUGGAAAGGUCUUUGAACCAUACAAGGACAACAAAGUUGACCUCCUUGCGCCUAAGUUGGUAUUCAUUGCCCUAAAUUUAGGGGCUAUGGUGCUGGGUGUUUGGAAGCUUAACACAUUGGGUCUUCUGCCAACACAUGCAUCGGAUUGGGUUUCUUCUCUACCGCCUGCUCAGGAGGUUGAAUACUCUGGUGGAGGCAUUGCAUUCCAUUAACCCUUUUCCGCUCUGAAUACGAGCCUCUAAUCAGCAAAAGAAAGAACUUUGGCGUUACAUUGUGGUAUCCUAAAUUCGAGCCUGGUGUUGUGAUAAAACUAGACACACUUCUUCCUUUAGUCAUGUUAGUUCUUACAGUUGACAGUAAUCGCAGGGGAAUGUGUGUGAGAUGUACUAUUUUGGUCACGAAUCACCUGAAGUUGAAACGUUUUUGUUACUUCAAUUUAGAGUUGUUUGGAAGUAUGAGCAUACAUUUACAAUGCUAUAACUGUCCUCUCCAAACAAGCAAAUCAACCUGCCUUUGGUGUCUUUUAAAGCUCA